AUGGAUUUCAGAAACUUAUCACCUGCACCAAACCAAAUGGAUAGCGUGAUGCAACGUCGUCCAUCUUUAUCUUCAUUAUCUUCGACUUCCGGGUAUGGUUCGUCCACCUAUGGAGGUGGGGGAACUGGUGGCGUUGGUACUGGCGUUGCCGUACCACCGGGAUCAGGAGGCAAUGGAACCACCGUCUCAAAUCCUCCCAAUUCAAGAAAUGGCAAUAACUUGCAUUCUUCUUGGCUCAACCAAUCCAUUAGUACCUCCACGGUGACUCCUACUAAUGUCGGACCAUGGGUUGAACAACAACAGCAACAACAACAAUCAACUUUAGAACUGUUGGAAGGUAGUGCCCAAGCUGUUUUGGGAAUUCCACCAAAGGGAUUAGGCAACCGUUCCCUUUCUUCAGCUAGCUCUACCAAGAAUGACGAACACAACACAAUUAGUAGUCCUAAUAUGAUCAACAAUGUACAUUCACCUAAUAACGAACCAGUCAAUGACAACUUGAAUGCUAAUAUUUCCAUGACUAAUGAACAUGAUGGAGCCGAUGACGAUUUAAUUCCUACUGCAAUUGUUAUAAAGAAUAUCCCAUUUGCAAUUAAAAAGGAACAGUUAUUAGAUGUUAUGACCAAAUUAAACUUACCCUUACCAUAUGCCUUUAAUUAUCACUUUGAUAAUGGAGUUUUCCGAGGAUUAGCAUUUGCUAACUUCACCUCUACUGAUGAAACGUCUUUGGUUGUUAAUCAACUUAAUGGUAGAGAAAUUGGUGGUCGUAAAUUAAGAGUGGAAUAUAAGAAAAUGUUACCAUUACAAGAAAGAGAAAGAAUCGAACGGGAAAAGAGAGAAAAAAGAGGACAAUUAGAAGAACAACAUAGAUCCACUUCCAAUGCUUCUUUAGCUUCUUUAAUGUCUGCAGCUUCAACCACUGCUGCCACCAAGAAUUUAAGCAUUAAUGGUGCUACUCCAAGCGGUACCACCGAAAGACUCUUUGUUAAUUUACCAUUCGCCACUAUCCUGGCUGCACCACCAAUGGACCUUAACUUUAAUGACCCCGAGAUCUUGGAAUUAUACACUCAAUUAGUAUUAUACCGUGAUGACGUUACAAAAUCAAUUUAUGAAUUGGCUAUUUCUCCCGCCACUUUGAAUAUUAACCAAAGAAAAAACUUAUCUUUGAUUUCCAAUUAUUUGAAUUUAUUAGAAUUGUUUGAUAAUGGGUUGAUCAUAAUUAGAAGAAAACCAGGUUAUAUUGCCCAAUCAAUCAUUCAGCAAGCUUCGUUAGGUGCCCAACAACCACCAGCUGUACCACCACAUUCUUCCUCUAUGAUGAAUUUGAGCCAAUUAGCAGCAACAAUGGCAACACCUUCCCACCCAGAAUUAUUGAGAUCUCAAUCUCAAUCUGCAUUGCAACUCCCUCGUUUGAGACAACAGGCAUCAACUCCAGUUCAACAAACUUUCCCCCAAUAUGGUUCUCAACAACAACAGCAACAACAACAGCCAUUACCCCCACAACAGCAACAGCAACAGCAGCAGCAGCAGCAACAUCAACAACAGCAACCUCAACAACAAAGACCAUACGCUCAAAAUCAACCAUUCAAUAUUUAUCACCAACAACAACCCCAACAAGUUCAAUACCAGCAACAAGUUCCCCAAGCACAGGUUGUCACUCCAACCGUUGGUUCAAGCAGUGCUGCUGCAUUAUUAAGAUCAAGUAGUAAUAGAUCAUAUGUUGAUGUGAGAGCAACUCCACCUUUAAAUAACAACUUUAUUCAUCAGCAACCAUCAUCUUCAGUGACCAACUCGCCAAAUACUCUUCAUAACCAAGUUCAGUACCAACAUUCUCAUCAACAACAACAACAACAACCGCCAUAUUACCAAGGAACAAAUGCUCAACAGCAACAUCAUCAACAACAACAAGGGGGAGCUGAUCUUGGAUCAAGAUUUCAACCAUUUGGCCAACAUACUCACUUGACUGGUAGUUUCACAUCGUUACUGCAAAGUACAUCUCUUCAAGGUAUUAGUGGAGCCAAUGCCAAUGCUAGUGGACAGUUGGAUGAAUAUGGGAAUGACUUAACUUCCAAGUUCAAUACUUUAGCAUUGGGUGGUAAUCCGGGGGUUGAGAACUUAAACAGUGGUGGUAUUUGGGGACCUAAAUGAUUAUGAAGUUAAUUUAUGUUUUUAUAUUUAUGAAUGAAUUUUAAUGUUCCCGUUCUAAUUGCAUUUAUGAAUGCUACGAAAAAAGUUAAUGAGAGAAGACGAAGAGGAGAGAGAAGAGACAUAGUGAGUACUUAUAGAGAACCAGUUCUUAUUGUCUUUAUUUUUAUAUUUUUAAAAACCAUCAGGACGCUUUAAUGUUUAAUUAAUCCGAUUGGUUUUUGUGGUUACUUGAAUGUAUGAUUUAAUUGUUUAAAUUUGUUUGUUUUUAGAUGUUAGAAAAUGUUUGCAUGAGCAUGAAGUACAUAGUAUAUCAUGAUUAGUGUUUAUAGAUCGUGAAAUAAGAAUAUGCAUAGGUAAA